AUGCAACUGAAGUUCCUCCUCUUUGGCCUGGUCACUACUGCCGCCGCUCAUAAUUGGCAGGCUGCGGGCGGCUGCAAGACCAAUUGGGGUGGCAGAUGCCUCAACACGUGCAAGACCGAGGCCAAGGCCAAGAACUAUAGUUGCACUGAGUUUAAGGACGACAUCUGGAAGUCUGACUGCUUCCUUGGCUGGGAGGUCUGCGACUGUGGAUGCUGGUGA